AUGGCGGGCUUCUUCUCCCUUCUCAGGCGCCUCUACCUCACCGCCUACAACUUCACCCUUUUCGUUGGAUGGUUUCAGGUUCUGUAUAUCGUUUUGAAGACGUUGAAGGAAUCGGGCCAUGAAAGCAUAUACCAUGCAGCCGAAAAGCCUUUGCUUUUUGCCCAAACCGCGGCUGUGCUAGAGAUUCUUCAUGGUAUAGUAGGGCUGGUGCGGUCUCCAGUAACAGCAACCUUGCCACAGAUAGGUUCGAGGUUGUUGCUGGCUUGGGGAAUCUUGUGGAGUUUCCCUGUGGUUAAGACAAACUUGAACUUUUUUUCUUUAUUUUGCUUCCUUCAAUCAUCAUUGUUGUUGCAAUUGCAGAUCAUUUGCUCUUUUUUCUUUGGCUUGAAAGAGGCAUUUGGAUCUGCCCCAUCAUGGCUUUUGUGGCUCAGAUAUAGCACCUUUUUAGUGCUAUAUCCAACAGGAAUCAGCAGCGAAGUUGGUCUAAUAUACAUUGCCUUUCCAUUCAUUAAGGCAUCUGAGAAGUACUGCAUAAGGAUGCCUAACAAAUGGAACUUCUCAUUUGAUUACUUUUGUGCUGCUAAUGUUGUAUUGGGAAUCUAUGUUCCAGGUAGCCCUCACAUGUAUAGUUACAUGCUUGCACAGAGGAAGAAAGCUCUAUCAAAAUCAAAGAGUAGAGUAGCAUCUUGUUAGCACCAGCAAAGUAGCAGAAGAUGACAUAGGUCCACGCCCACGAAGGGAUAUCGCACGUCCAAAGA